AUGCUUCACGGCUCUGGCGAGGCUGGCUCAGGCGACGGCGUCCCGUUGGAAAGCGAACCUUUGCCGCAGGCACUGCUGCCGAUUGUUGGGAUUGCUUUGGCGAGCGUUGCAGUGAUCGCUGCUUGCAUGGCGCACAUGAGAUGGAGGGGGCCAGGGCGCAUCAAGGGCCGCUUGAUUGAUGACCAACUCGUUGAACUCGGCGGAGCCUCCACUGUGUCUGACGAUCAGCUCUCGACAUGA